AUGGGAAUAACCGUCCAAAACAUCACAGGAAACACAGCAAUGGUAAUUUGGCCAAAAAUGGCCAGUUGUGUUGACAGCUUUUACAGCAUCAUGUACCACCCUAACUGGAACAGUAUGCUAUCCAGCUACUCCAGAAAGAGCUUUCAGAAGGAAGAGAGGGUACCCACCACUCGCUCCUCUUUCGUUGUUGAAAACCUGACUCCCCUCACAACAUACAUCAUGUGUGUGACCUGCCAGUCCGCAAACCCCUCCAGCGACCAGUGCAGAGUUUUUAAUACUCUGGAACAAGACCCAGCAUCAGCGAGCAACACCAAGAAAGAGCUGGCACUGGGCAUCUGGCUCACCAGCAGCGUCCUGCUCCUCAUCAUCGCUGCAGUCCUGCUCUACGGCUGCCUGCAUCUCCUGUGCCGCAGGAGACACGAGCGUUUGCAAGAGCGGAACAGGACCUCCAAACAAGAGCAUGAGGAGCCAUGGACCAAAAGCGUGGAAUACACCUCAACUGAGUUCAGCAGGCAGAGGCAGCAGAUACAGGACACUGAGGAAAAGCAUCCAGGUGGCAUCCAGCUGGCCACAAUCAUAGAGAAUCCCUCAGUGUGCAAUGAGCCCACCAUGCCAUCUUCUAAAAGUCAGGAACGAGUCCCAGUAACAGGACAGUGCUCUGCUAUAAAUUAG